UUAUUAUAAUUAACCAACAACCUUCUUCCUCCAAUUCUCCACCCUCCACAUCCAUAAUAAUGGCUAAAAAUUUUCUCGAUAUAUUUCUUCUCUCAGUAGCCUUGGUGAGCGGAAUCCUCGGCUUGAUCGGCGCCGCCACCUUCAUCCUAGUAAUCUGCUACGCACUGCUGGCACGAUGGUGCAAGUGGCACAACACUCCUCCCCGGUCGCGACCUCCUCCAUCAGCAUCAUCGAGGACGAUAGAGACAAUGACUUCGCCUUCUUCCAUUCGCAUGGUUUCAGAAACACAACUCAUUGUUCUUCCUUCAUACAAUUACACCAAAGACAUUAUUGGCUUGGUUUCUAAAACCCAUGACAAAAGUUGUACUAUCUGCUUGUCUGAGUUCCUUGAAGGUGAAUCGGUUCGGGUCCUGCCUAAAUGCUUGCACCCGUUUCACGUACCCUGCAUCGAUAUGUGGCUCUACUCUCACUCAAAUUGUCCGAUAUGCCGCACCAAUGUAACACUUUCGGCUGAAAAUAGAGAUGCGAGGUUGCCACCGGAUGAAGCAGUAUGAUGAGAUGAUUUUCUUUUCAAUAGAGAAUAUCGUGGAGAGUGAAAAAAAUAAUUAUAAAAUGAUGAAAGUACAAAUAAUUUAUA